UUGAUGUUGUUAAUCAUGGCGGGUCUGAGGCAGACAAAGGCGCCGAGACCCGCUCCUGAAGUGCAGAUUUAAAAAAGUUUCUCGCGUCGUCCUUUUUAAAAAGAAAAUUUAAAAAUAUAAGUGAAAGAGCCACCUUCUUUUUGGGCAAGAGAAAGCACCCUGGUUAUGUUUAAAUGGAUAAGGCUAUUUCCAAGAAUCACCGAGGAAGCUGAGAAGGCAUGCAAAGUCAUCAGAAGAGAGACCCUGAUCAAAGAAAACACAUCCCCUUUAUACAGCAGUAACACAAUGUCACACUACACGGAUGAGCCCAGGUUUACAAUUGAACAGAUUGACUUGCUGCAGCGACUUCGGAGGAGCGGGAUGACGAAACGUGACAUAAUCCACGCGCUGGAGACGUUGGACCGGCUCGACCAGGAACACACCGAGAAAUUUGGCAAACGGCACGGCUACAGCAACAGUUCCUACGGCAACAGCAACAGUUCCUACGGCAACAGCAACAAUUUCCCUGCUUCAUCCUCGACAGUCACAGCCGCCACACAGACGCAGUACAGCGGGGCGUCACCGUCUCCGAGUAACAGCUAUGACACCUCGCCGCCACCGUGCAGCACUAACCUGAAUGGACGGGAGAGCUGCAGCAACGAGAAACUGUCAGUGGCAAAUGGCAGGCUGUCACCCAACCGUUUCCACACUACCAAUAGCCAGAGGAUGGGAAGUUUCCAUGUCAUGGAAGAAGAGACAGACCUGGAAGAAAGGGUUGAAGAGCUCAUGAGGAGGGACAGCACUACUGUUAAAGAAGAGAUAAAGAGCUUUCUCUCUAAUCGGAUGAUUUCCCAGACUAUCGUGGGCCAGGUCACAGGCAUGAGUCGAAGCUUUAUUUCCCAGUGGCUGUUGCAGCAAGGACUCGACAUGAGUGAACCCAAGAAGCGGACUUUGUACAGAUGGUACCUCCUGGAGAAGAUUAGUCCAGGAGCUACCCUCAACAUGAGGCCAGCCUCAUCCACCACGGAGGAACCAGAGUGGAAACAAUCAACACCACCCACUGGUGCCACAUCAGGCAACUUUCGUCUCCGAAGGGGCAGCCGAUUCACCUGGCGGAAGGAGUGCCUAACUGUCAUGGAGAGUUACUUCAAUGACAACCAGUAUCCAGAUGAAGCCAAGAGAGAGGAGAUUUCAAAUGCUUGUAAUGCAGUCAUACAGAAACCAGGUAGGAAGCUGACUGAGUCCGAGCGAGUGACCCCUCUCAAAGUCUACAACUGGUUUGCCAAUCGCAGGAAGGAGAUCAAGAGGAGGGCAAAUAUUGAAGCAGCAAUCCUAGAAACUCAUGGCAUCGAUGUGCAAAGCCCUGGUGGACAUUCCAAUAGUGACGAUAUCGAUGGGAGUGAUUUCCUGGAGCAGGAUGACAACACGAGCCAUAGUGAUCCCCAGCAAGAUCCUAUCUCUUUAGCUGUCGAAAUGGCUGCAGUCAAUCACACCAUCCUGGCACUAGCCAGACAAGGAGGGAGUGAAAUAAAGAGAGAGGUGAUUGAAGAUGAUUGAAGCACUGUUGGAAAGGACUGAGAUUUGGUACAUCAUUGGACUGCCCUGUCUUUAAUGUAAUCUCAAUAUAUCUGUGUUUUGUUUUGAAUAGUUAAUAGGGUUCUCUUCAUCCAGAUGCAGUAAACUAUCCUGAGGUGGCCUGGGCAAAGGUUGUACAUCUCACCCAGAAGUCCUCUGUUCUCCUGGUCAAAACUGCACCUCUGCCCUUACCGUCCAACAUUCCUAAGGAUGCAGUGUCCGAGCAUGAAGUUCUUAUGAAGUGUUCCUGAGUCCAGCAUUCCGGGCGAUAUGUACUGACCAGCCUGGAACCUCAAAAGAAUACUUCUCAAACCUUUGGUGUAAUAGCUUUGUAGGGCUCUUCCCACUACUCCUGUUUAAGGUUCUGCUUAAAGUAGUCCUGCAAACAGAACCCUUUCACAGAUGCCUGGCCUUGACUGAUUCCUCCUACCAUGGCUUCAACCUGUGCUGUUAAAUAUUCCCACUUUAAACUGCACAUUCCUGGACUGGGUCUCCCAGAUUUGCUGAUUAUCUGACCUUGGUUUUCAUUACCUGUGAUGGUUUGGGAAAUUUAAAAAUGCUGGUUUGUUCAGAAUUACAGACAAACUAUUUCUCUGUGUUGGAUUGUUGCUAACAAAGACUAGAAUUGGAUGUCACCACGUUGCACGGAGCUUCACGGCAGAGGAAAAAAUGUUGCCACUGCAACCUACUCACACUAACUGGCUACGAAAAUGUACUGUAAUACUGUUACAUACAGUUGGUUUGGACAGGUGCAGGCUGUGCUUGGAUCCCAAGUCUGUAUUGAACUGGUCAUUGCUGUAACAAGACUGCCAGUAGCGCCUUUAAUGUACUAAAUGCAACUGACUUAAGUUCAAACUUAAACCUGGUGGAACAUGUGAUUUGAUUGGAAUUGUUUUCGCAAGGGUUUGAUCUUACUUACAGCCUAGAAGAUUGUGUGUGUGUAACACAUAAGAUAAUGUACCCACAACAACUGACAAACCUGAUUUCUUCCUUGAAUGUUCUCCAUUUGACUGUUCUGCAGUAGACUGAUGGGAGUGUCCCGGUUGCCAGUGUGCUGUUAAUGAGCUCUUUUGCAUUAAACAGAGGGGGGGUCUGUAUUUAACUCCAGUUCCUGCAUUGGCCAAAACAAAAACUUUGAAGGGACAUGGUGUCUCAGUCAUAUUUUAUUUCUGUACUGUUUUUAAUAGUAAUCAGAGGCAAGCUAAAGUUAUUAUUGUGUGUAGUAUUUCAUGACGCAGCGCUCAUAUGAAUGUGAAAUAGCAGAUGCUCUACUUGCAGAACCUUCCACUCACGUCAACAGAAGAUGCUGCAGAUGCUAAUUGCUUGGGCUGUUUCUGUGCAGAGAAAACCAGCGUUAAGGUUACAGAUUGAUGAUCUUCCUUGAGAACUGGAAAACCAGUUUCCCAUAUAUCCGAUUUAUAGAAAUGUUAGGAUUGAGGGGAGGGAAGAACACUAGGACCUCCUUAGUUAUUUUCACAGGAAGUUUAGCACAAAGAAGUCUGAUCCUGGAUAGCUUUACCAUGUAAGCUGGUAGGAGGAUCAUAGUUGAGGAUUUUUUCAGGCUGUUACUGUCUUUUAUAACUCAACAAACUCAAGUAUGUUAUGUGUUGCAAAAUCAAGAAUGACUACGAGGAAGUGAAGCCAAAUAGAAUCGUAUCCUACAAAGUUCUUCAAGGGAAGAACUGAGGGAGGGAACAAAUAAAUCCUAGGAGUUGAGGCACAAUUAUGCCUCCAUGUGCAGUGGUAAAAGAAUGACAUUUCCAAUGGAUUUUAUUUCACUCUAACUUGAUCUCAAACUGAAACUAAGAUCCAGUUUGAAAAAGGGAUAAAAUUGGAUAUGUUGAGGUUAAAUGAAAAUGUAUAAAGUAGCUUCUCUUUUUUUAAAUGGGUGGGUGGGCAGAAACUGCACUUCCUUACUGUUACCUGAUUUGAAAUAAUUUGUAUGCCAGGGCUUGAGCUUGCUGAAUAUAAUCAUCCAGAGAGAGUGGGUGAUAAAAACGUUAACAGGAACUAGUAUUUUCAAUUACCUCAAAUGUUGUUGAUGGAUCAAGGAGCAUCAGAAUUCCAAUCUAGAACCAGAAUAAUAGUGCAACUUCAUGCUACAAAUUGACUUUUAACACAUGCAGUGAGAGUUGCCAUUUCAAUGCCACAAUUUGCAUGAGAAAAUGAAAUAAGCAGUUUCCAAAUGAUGAAUCUCUUGUUUCAAUAAUCAUAUACCAUUAUCAAUAGUUAUUAGGUAAUGCAGGGACAUAGUGGUUUAGAGCAUCACUCCCAUGGAUAAUAGGUGAAUCCAUUACUUAAAUGAUUUCUUAGUUUUAUAUUUACUACAAUUUUCCUGGCUGAUCAGUUCAGCUAUCAAAAUACGUGUUUACUUCCCAUGCACCCUUUGAGCUAAUGCUGCCAAACCUAUAAAUAACAUGGAAUAGAGACACUACUCAUUUAUGGUUUUACUUGUCUUGUAAUAAGUUGAUGUAUUUUUCUGCUAAGCAGAAAAGGAAUAUGCUGUAGAGUAAAUGAAGGAUUCAGGUUGACAUAACCCUUCCCUGUAUUGUGGAUGUUGUAUUUGCUAUUUUAGCAGCUGUCCUUGUAUUUGUAAUACAAUUCCACCGCCUCCUCUAAUACAGGCCUCAAAUGUUUUUCACACAGAGAUCCUUGCAAAAUUAGUUUCCUGUUACUCUUUUUGUUUUGCACAGGAAACACUGGACCAUGUACUAGUGCUGUGUGACACAUAAAUGAGCCACGUUCUUCAUUUGAGACACACUGGAUUUUUACAGGCAGUAAUAAACAGGUUUCCAUGAAUUAAUCCCAAAAAAGAACAUCCCUGUGAGAGAAAGAGAGAGAAAGAAGUACAAAGCACUGACAGAAGUUGGGCCAGUAUUGAUUGUGGAUGUUAUUCUGGUAGAGAUACCUGCAGAGUACUUUUGUGGCACACUUCAACAAGACAGCAUUUGUAUUCAUCGUUGGAGUUUUAAAAUAUCUGUUCAUUUUCAGUUAGGAUUGUUGGAAAGUAACUCCUGCCCUGGUGUUUUUCAGAAUUGUGGAGAAACCCCUGGAUCAGAAUGAGACGGCUCUUCAAACUACUGAUGAAACUGAAGUAGAAUGGGGUAGACUCAGUUUCUGAAAUUUGCAUAGGAAUAUCAGCAAACUACCGAUUACUUUGUUCCCCUUUUAAUAACAAGUUCAACCCAAUCACUUUCUCACAAUUAAAGUGAAACAAUGCAGGAAAAGAUUAGAUAUCAUAAUUUGGAACCACAGUAGCUUACACUGUUUGUGUCUGCUAGCCCUCUUGCAGGAUCAGUCGGUGCAGCCCUGUAUAUGUCUCUGCUUCAACCGUUAGUAAAUAUUUUAGGUAAAAUAUUCAUUUUAUCCUUUGCUCUUCUCUGGUAAAUCAAUUUUGUAAUUAUUUUCAGGGGUGGGGGUGGACACAGCAAGUGCUGAUAAAUCAGAUUGUAUAGACAUGUUUGUUUCUAGCUUGACUUCAACAUUAUGCUCAUAGAUGAAAUUUUUUAAAAAAAACAAAUUAUGAUUUUAGAAAAGGAGACAGAUCAUAUGUUUCAGUAUUUCUUAAGUCAUUCAUUGAAAAAGAAAACUACAUUGUCCUGCUCACUCCAUUGCUUCCAUCAACCAACAGAUAAGGAAACCUGCUCCUCAUACUCAGGGCAACUAAAUCAGGAGAGGCAGCUUUCCUUACAACUUGCCCACAUCACCUCCAUCCCUCUUGUAGCAACGAAUCUGGUCAGAAUCACUCAAGUCUCAAAUUGUAUUUGUGUGCAGGUUCAUACUGGAGAUUGGACUGUUGUUCCAGCCAGAUCUUUUUUCACUGCUGCUGGGACCUAUUUCCCAACUUUUUAAGCAAUGAGGAUAAUGAGAGAUUUCAGCAAGAUGUUCUUUUUAAAAGGAAAACUGUACACUAAUAGAAAAAGCAGCAUGAUAAUGGCAGCUCUAAGUGGCAUUGGUUAUAAUGGAUCACUCUUCAUUCUUUGUUCCAAUACAGUGGCAGAAAUACCACUUUACGUCCUACAGUUGCUGCCCAUUCAGCCGUACAGUUGCAAACGCUGGAAAUGAUAACCAAUUGCUCACAAUCACGUAGUUGACUUCAUUUUGAACAAAAUGAUGCAUAUUUCAAAUAAAUUGACACAAGGUUUUAUGACACAUUUAUCCCAGAAUGCACAUUCUUUCUUGGCAGUGUCCCUGAAAAUUGCUCCCCUGCAAAUUAAUGAAUGACUUUGACAAGUAGGGAACAUGUGGCCAUUCACUGCUACUAUACCCAUUGGAGUCUAGAAAAUUUAGAGGUCAUCUUAUUGACUCGUCCAAAGUUCUGAGCAAGGGUUGAUAGGUAAACUCGAUCAGUUACAGUCUCUCCCAUGUGAGGGGGAGGAGGAAUAUUCUCAAGGUCAUUAGUUUUUUGGCAUUCUGUACUGGUGUUGGAAGCUGCAGCCUGCCUUUUGAUUGGUAAGGGAGUCAAAGGUCAUUGGGUAGGCAACCAUGAUCUUAUCAGAGCAGGGUCAAGGGGCCAAAUGGACCCCACUACUCCAAUUCAGUUUAUUCUAGUGAACUUCCAAUUCUUGCUGUUUAAUUUGUUUUCUUCUCUUAUUAGAGCCAGAUUGGAUGAGGAGAUGCACAAGACCCAGUUAUAAAUUCAAAAGCCCCCACAUUCCAGAUUUGUUUUGGGUGUGUGGGUUGAAAAUGGGGUGGAGGGAAUGAUGCAGGAAAUGUGGCAGUUCUGCACUGAAAUAGCCUAUUGUUUCCCAAACUGGAAGGUGAACAGACUAUCUUAAAAGCCUUAGAGUACUUCUUUAAAUAAAUAUAUACAGACCAGACGGUGUAUUUUCAUUUGAGUCCUGUAUCAGUUUUUUUUUCCUAUUCUGGAUUAGUGCCUUUUUUGGACAGUAGACUGUUCUACAAAAAAAAAAGUUAAAA